AUGGAGGUUUGGGGGGGGGGGGGGCCACGCGAACGCGCGGUGGGGGGAGGGGGAGGGCCGCGCGCGCCGGAACUGACGUGCGGGUGGGGGAGGGGAGCCGGGAGAUGCCCCCUGCGUGGCGCGGCGUGGGGCGCUGGGGGGGGGCCCGUGGCCUUCCUCCCCCCCCCGCCCCCGCUCCUCCUCCUCCUCCUCCUGCUGCUGCUCCGGGUGGUCCCGGGUGGGUCCUACCGCCCCGUCGUCAUCGUCCACGGGCUCUUCGACAGCCCCAGCGACUUCCGACACCUCCGCGCCUUCAUCAACGAGAGCCACCCCGGGACGGAGGUGACGGUGCUGGACCUGUUUGACCGGGGGGCGUCUCUGCGGCCCCUCUGGGUGCAGGUCGAGGGGUUCCGCAGCGCCCUGGCCCCCAUCAUGGCCAACGCCGCCGACGGCAUCCACCUGCUGGGCUACAGCCAGGGGGGUCUCAUCUGCCGGGCGCUGCUGGCCACGACGCCCGACCACAACGUGCGCAGCUUCAUCUCGCUGGCGGCCCCCCAGAUGGGGCAGUACGGGGACACCGACUACCUGAAGUGGCUCUUCCCGCGGCACAUGAAGUCCAACCUGUACCGGCUCUGCUACACCCCCCUGGGCCAGGGGGUCUCCAUCUGCAACUACUGGAACGACCCCCACCACCGCGACCUCUACCUGAACAGCAGCGACUUCCUCGCCCCCCUCAACGACGAGCGGCUGCACCCCAACGCCUCCGCCUGGAAGCGGAACCUGCUGCGCAUCCAGAGCCUCGUGCUGAUCGGGGGCCCCGACGACGGCGUCAUCACGCCGUGGCAGUCCAGCCUUUUUGGUUUCUACGACGCCAACGAGACGGUGCGGGAGAUGCGCGCCCAGGAGGUUUACCUGCAGGACACGUUUGGGCUGAAGACGCUGGAGGCGCGGGGGGCGCUGGGGGGCUGCGCGGUGCCGGGUGUGGGGCACACGGCCUGGCACUCCCACCGCCCCGUCUACGAGCGCUGCAUCCGGCCCUGGCUCACGUAGCCGGGGGGGCUGGGGGGGGCCGUGG